AUGUUUGAACUUAUGUUUAUAACUUCUUAUACAAGAGCAAUAGCUAUUUGUAAACCAACUAAAUAUGAAUUAUGGGUUUCUAAUAAAAAAAUUUAUUUAUAUAUUGUAAUUUCUAUUUGUAUUGGAUUAAUUAUUGGUUCAGUUUCAGCAACUUAUGAAAGUAAAUAUGUUUUUGAUUUAGGAAAUGAUAGAUUGUUACCACUUUAUAUUAAUUCAGAUUCAUCUUAUUUUAUAGCUGGUUAUACAUUAGGAUUAUAUCUUCCUUUAUUAAUAACAUCUUUAAUAUUAAAUUCAAUUGCUGUUGGUCAAUUAAAAAUGAAAAAAAUUGAUUCAUCAAUAAAUAAUAAAGCUGAUGUAAAUUUACAAUACUUUUCAGUAAUAAGUUUUAUUAUAUUUUUUAUUUUUGGUACUAUUUAUAUAUCACGAGCAAUAGCAUUUUUUGUUGAUAUAGAAUUAAUAGCUAUUAUUGGCCAACAAAUUAUUCCAUAUGUUGUUGAUGCAGCUACCUUUGGACUUUUUUAUCUCUCAUGUAUUACUAGUUCACAAUUAAAAAAGUUAUGUUUUUUAAGGAAACAAUCAUUAAAAAAAACUUUAAUAACUGUAAAAAAUAUAACAAAAACAUAA